CAGCAAGAGCUGUGGUCUCUCUAUGAAGAAGAAAAAAGAAGAGCGCCCUCUGCAGGCAAGGCUGUUUGCACUAAGCUCUUGAUCCCAAGCAUCGCCAUAUUGACGUCCCAACAACGUUGAGAGGAGAUAUUGCCUUGGUGUAGACCCCAGUGAUGACUGCAUUGAACCCUGUACCUCCUGAUUAGACUGGUUGGAUGCCCCGUUUUAGCAUUCAGUUUUCUUACCAUAAAGGCGUCUCAGCUACUCCUGUUCAAACUCAUCUGUCACAAUCAUCCUGGAGGGAACCUCCAAGGAGAUUUAGAGAAGAUCUUGUGUAGAAUAUGUCUGGCCCUGUUCCAAGCCGCUCUCGAGUUUACCCUGAUGUAAACACACAGAGGCCUCGGGAAUAUUGGGACUAUGAGUCCCAUGUUGUUGAAUGGGGGAACCAAGACGACUACCAGCUAGUCAGAAAACUAGGCAGAGGCAAAUAUAGUGAAGUCUUUGAAGCCAUAAACAUCACAAACAAUGAAAAAGUCGUCGUCAAAAUACUGAAGCCGGUGAAAAAAAAGAAAAUCAAAAGAGAAAUAAAGAUCCUGGAGAACCUGAGAGGUGGUCCAAACAUCAUCUCACUCUUAGAUAUUGUCAAGGAUCCUGUGUCCCGAACCCCUGCUCUUGUUUUUGAGCAUGUCAACAAUACGGACUUUAAACAACUGUAUCAAACCCUGUCUGAUUUUGACAUUCGGUUUUAUAUGUAUGAAAUCUUGAAGGCUCUUGAUUAUUGCCACAGUAUGGGGAUUAUGCACAGAGAUGUUAAGCCACACAAUGUAAUGAUUGACCACGAACACAGAAAGCUCCGCCUGAUUGACUGGGGCUUGGCAGAGUUCUAUCACCCAAACCAGGAAUACAAUGUGAGAGUGGCGUCCAGGUACUUCAAAGGACCUGAACUGCUGGUGGACUACCAGAUGUAUGACUACAGCUUGGACAUGUGGAGUUUGGGAUGCAUGCUGGCCAGCAUGAUCUUCAGAAAGGAGCCCUUCUUUCACGGACAUGACAACUACGAUCAGCUUGUGCGAAUCGCAAAAGUCCUUGGCACUGAGGACCUGUACGACUACAUCGACAAGUACAACAUUGAACUAGAUCCACGGUUCAAUGACAUUCUCGGAAGACACUCCCGUAAAAGGUGGGAGAGAUUCGUGCACAGUGAGAACCAGCACCUGGUCAGCACAGAGGCUCUGGACUUCCUGGACAAAUUACUGCGCUAUGACCAUCAAGCCCGCCUCACAGCUAGAGAGGCCAUGGAUCAUCCCUACUUCUAUCCCAUCGUCAAAGAUCAGGGAAGGGGGGCCACUCCCGGAGGAAUGGCUGCCAGCUCAACACCAGUCAGCUCCUCUAGUAUGAUGGCUGGUAUCACCUCAAUGUCCUCCUCACAGCCACUGGCUAACAUUGCUGGAUCACCUGUCAUCUCUGCCCCCAACACUCUGGCCACACAAGUCCCAGCAGCCACCGGGGCUCAACCCUGAAGCCACCUCCUCACCUAUGUCUGUGUGUGCUCAUGGCCAUGUCCUGCCGAGCUCUCAGCUAAAGGCCAAGGCCAUGGCUCCCCUUUUUUUUAUGUUGAACUACAGAGAAGAUUUAAAUUGAUUUUCACGUUAUAUUUUGACAUCUGGACUUGACAGAAAUGUAUUGUUGCACCUGUCAGGAUUAUUAGAAUUAAUUUGGGUGUGUUAUUUCACAAUGCCAGUGUCUAGAAAUUCUAAUAAGAUGUAGACAUGAAGAGAAUGGAUAAUAAAAUUUAUUUUGUAUGUUCCAAAUAUACAGUCUUGCUUGAAACUGUUUGUUGGGGGAUCCUGCUGUUGUAUUACACUGUGAACCUUUACACGACUUCACAAAACAAGUCAGGAGUCUGGUGUACCCCACUUAACAGUGCUCGAUGGUUGCACACAUUAUGUGCAGGAGUUGUUGGUGUUUUGAAGUUGUUAGAUGCUAUCAUUCUUUAAUUGGACUUUUGUAGAUAUUCUACAGUUACUGUCAGGUUGCAUGCACCCAAUGCUGAGUAUCACAGGGUCAAUAGUUUGCCAAUUUUAUGUUACUUUCACCUCUGUAUGUGUACGUAUGUGUUCAUGUUUGUUUUUUAUGAAGUCUCUUACACAUGAUUUUGAUUACAUAGACAAUUUUGUAACUUUUUGUUUUAUGUUGGGAGGAGUCUCAUCACUUGCAAAAAACAACUUCAGAAAUAAACAAUUUAAACAGGUCUUUCCGGCCACUACA